AUGUGGACUUGUUUCUUUGCAAUCGAAGGCAAACCUCUGCAGACUCUUCUCAAGUUUGGGGAUGCUUAUCAGGCCACAGGGGUUCUAAAACUGCCUUAUGCUGAAAUAGAGGAGCCCUUUGAGGCAUGGUUCAACGCGACAGAAGGAAACAGCCGGAUCCAGUAUUAUCAUGGCCAGGUUAUCACUUACCAGCUUGGCUCAUUGCAGCCUUUUGGGGCCAGCUUCAAAAUAACUCCAGAAACCACAGAAACCAGCCUGAAUAUCAGGAAGUGCUUCCAGGUCAAUGGCACAUCUGAGUUUCCCAUUAGGCCUCAAAAUAUCUUCCCUGCCCUAACUGAGUUCCAGGCUGUACGGCAGGAAACCUACAAUGGAUGGAACUGCACGGUGAUGGAGAAUGUGUCACACUGGGGCAAGAAGAAAAAUGUCUAUACAUUAUGGGUGGCAGAUACUUCCAGUGGGCUUGUGCCUGUGCAUUAUGAGAUGUCGGGAUACAACACCCUCUUGGGCUCCCACUACGACAAGUAUGAGAUUGACUACACCAGCUUUUCCCAGAGCUUUCCAUCCAGUGUCUUUGAUCUCCCUCAUGACAUCAAGUGUGAUAACUGGCCCAGGUCAGCUCCAGAGCUCCAGAUCCUGGCCAAUCCCAUGCAGGAAUUUGUUGGGACUACUGGAGAGAUAAGCAGACACCACGAGCAUCUCUUCCAGCGCUACAAGGAGAAAUUCAGGAAGACCUACAAGAGUGAGGAAGAGACAGAACAUAGGAAGCACAACUUCAUACAUAACAUGAGGUAUGUUCACUCCAAGAACCGAGCCAACCUGUCCUACAAGCUGGCUGUGAACCAGCUGGCUGAUCAUACCACAGAGGAGAUGGCAGUGCUGAGGGGGAGGUUAAAAAGUGGGGCCCCCAAUAACGGGCGGAAUUUCCCAUCACAAGGCUAUAAUGAUCUCAACCUGCCAGAUACUUUGGAUUGGAGGCUUUUUGGAGCUGUGACCCCCGUCAAGGACCAGGCUGUCUGUGGAUCCUGCUGGAGUUUUGCUGCCACUGGAGCGCUGGAGGGGGCCCUCUUCCUCAAGACUGGAGUGCUGACUCCGCUGUCUCAGCAAGCUUUAAUCGACUGUUCCUGGGGGUUUGGAAACCACGCUUGUGAUGGUGGCGAGGAGUGGUACGCAUACGAGUGGAUCAUGAGACACGGUGGAAUUCCUAGCACAGAAUCAUACGGGCCUUACAUGGGCCAGAAUGGCUACUGCCACUAUAACCAAUCAGAGCUGACAGCACAAGUCUCUGGCUAUUUCAACGUGGACUCUGGAAAUGCCAUUGCCCUAAAGGCCGCUCUCUACAAGCAUGGCCCUGUGGCUGUGAACCUCGACGCCUCUCACAAAUCCUUUGCCUUCUAUGCUAAUGGCAUCUACUAUGAGCCACAAUGUGGAAAUCAGACCAUGGAGCUGGAUCAUGCUGUCCUUGCGGUAGGAUAUGGGGUUCUCCAGGGGGAAAGCUACUGGCUUAUUAAGAACUCGUGGUCCACCUACUGGGGAAAUGAUGGCUACAUUCUCAUCUCUAUGAAGGAGAACAACUGUGGGGUAACGACAGCUGCUACCUAUCCGGUCCUGGCUUAACAGUCGUCAAGAACGUGGGGGACUAGUCGAUACACGACUCGCCUGCAAACUUUGGAGGUGACAACUGAACAGGAUUUUGAUAGAUCUCAACAUCAGAACUGAAGAGGAAGCUAGCCCUUCAGUACUGCUCCUCCUGUAAGACAUAAUUGUAUUGUUAUAUGCUGU